GCCAUUGUGAAUGCGAACCUGCGAAGAAGAAGACUAUAAACAAAGAAUUCAGACUAAAAGUGAAUUGGUAACGUUUUUUUGUGUUUGUAUUUAAACAACCUACAAAAUAUGACAGAAAAAGUGAUUUCGCGCUGUAGCUGGACACAAACGGCGGGCAAUGAGCUGUCCCAGCUAAUACCGACACGUCACUACGAGGAGGAUGUCUUUGUGAAACCUGCCUUGGACGAUAUUGUCAACGAGGACCGUGCUGUGCUGUUCGCCAACAAUGAAUCCGCUCCCAUUCCAUGCGAGUUACAUUUUGAAAUCUCACCGCGUUUCAAAAUUGCCGCUUUAACCCUUGUGUGUAGCGCUCCCAAAGUAGAACUUUUUGUGGGCACCAACCAAGAAUACUUAGAGACCAUUUAUGGCGUUGCCAUCGAAGAGGAUGAAGGUGAAGGUGAUGUGCCCAUAAGACCAUAUCGUUACGAUGUGGAAAUCGAUCGUUCCGGCAUAGCCAACAUUAAUUUGAAGCUACUGACGUCGAGUAAAGAGAUUUGCAUCUUUGGUGCCAUGUUGCACAUUGCACCUAAUCCCAAUGGCAUCACCACACAGCAGCAGCAGCCAUUUGAUUUGCAAAAGAUACAAGAAUUACUGCACAAAGGCGGAAGCAGCAGCAGCAGUAGUCAAAGCAAGCCCGAUGACAAUGAAGAGAAAAUGCAAAAGUUCAUGUCGUUGAUGAAGGGAAUUACAGGCCAAUCGCAUUCUCAAGUGCCAACAGCGGCUCCUACGGGCAAUAUGGAUAUGAACAGCAUCAACCAACAUAUCAAUCUUAAGUUCGAACAAUUGGAGCAACUCAUAACUAAAAGACUGGAUGAAAUACAAUUGCAACAGACUGAAAAGUUGGAUAGAAUUAUGGCACUGCUCGAAAAGCGCAACUAA